AAGAAAUUGGGCUGAAAAAGAGCCCAGGAAGGAGACCUAGGCAUUUGCUUGCCAUGUGCAUGGCCAUAUUUUAUGCAUAGAACAGCUCAAUUUAGAAUGGUUAAUUUAGGCCACUUGCUCCACAUUGUACUUUAUCUAGAUCUUGGCUUCUUGGGGGACAAGAUUUAUGACCAUGGUCAGUGUCUGUGAGUUAAAAAUAGCCUGAACUACUGUGAUUGACAGAUAAAGGUAUAACCGGAUACAAAAAUGUUAGCUAUCAGGCUCCAUCAUGUGCAAGGUGUACUGAAAGGGGUGUGGACCUGGACCAUGGUCAUGACUCAUGGAGCAGAUGUAGGAAGUCGAGCUUUGGAAGAUGCAACCAAGGAGGUUAACGGGUGGUCAGAUCUGGCUAAAAACGGAAAGCAACAGGACACGAGCGCAACUAUCCAUCCAUCCCCAGCGGACAAGGCGAGGCAGGGGCAGGCCGCCACCCCCGUCGGCAUCCGCCCAGCCAUCCAGAAGCGCCAAAGCUGCCAACCCAAGCCAACGCCAACGCGACGCGACGGGAGAUAAGAGAAGGAGAGAAGAGCCCGCCGCGGCGCCGAGCCCUCGUGUCGUCGUGCAGCCCCCCCCCCCCCCCCCCCCCCCCCCCCCCCCCCCCCCCCCCCCCCCCCC